UCCAGCAGUGGAGCUCUGCUCCGCGCUCCCUCCUCCCUCUCCCUCCGAGCAGGAUAGCUGCUGGAGCCCAGGAUCUGGUUCUUGCAGGCACAGGGAGGCAUCUCAGCCAGCUCCAGUGGAUGUGGGGUGUGGAUGGCUCCAGCUCCGCUCCUGACGGAGUUCUGCACUGAAGAUGGAUGACUUGGCUCUCCUUGACCUGUUGGAGUGUCCUGUGUGCUUUGAAAAGCUCGACGCCACGGCAAAGGUGCUGCCGUGCCAGCACACCUUCUGCAAGCCCUGUCUGCAAAGGAUCCUGAAAUCCCAGAAGGAGCUACGGUGCCCUGAGUGCAGGACCCUCGUCCUGUGCAGCAUCGAGCAGCUCCCCUCCAACCUGCUCCUCAUUCGCCUCCUGGAUGGAGUCAGGUGUGGACAAAACAUCACCAGGUUUGGCUCGAUCCAGAGGUCAGGGGUCCUGUCCUCCCCUGCCUCCAUCAGGAGAAUCCCCAGGGGGCUGCAGCUGCACCAGCACCGGCUGGCAACGAAUCCCAGGAUCCACAUGGAAGGGGUGCCACGAGCCAGGGCCCUGUACACCUACCGUGGGCACAACCCCGGGGAGCUGCGGUUCAACAAGGGGGACAUCAUCGUGCUGCUCCGGCAGCUGGACGAGAACUGGUACCUGGGGGAGGUCAACGGGAUCAGUGGCGUUUUCCCAGCCAGCUCUGUGCAAGUCAUCAAGCACCUGCCCCUGCCCCAGCCCCUCGGCAGGGCCCUCUACAACCUCGACCUGCGGAGCCGGGACAAGGCGGAAAACAAGGACAGCCUGACCUUCCAUAAGCCAAACACCACCGCCCGGCAGCUCCUGCAGACCUCCAAAACCCACUGGUCCCCUCAGUUUAAAAGCGCGUCCCUGCGAACGGUGUCUCCCAAGGCGAAGGGCGCGGAUUCGCCGGCUUUCCCCAAGGUGCCCGACUCCAGGAGGAAGAGCCUGCGGCAGUUCUCCAUCACCACAGCCCUCAACACCCUCAACCGGAUGGUCCACGCGCCUGCCGAGCGCCCAGCCCUGGAGAUCAGCUCCCCUGUGCUCAUCAGCUCCAGCAACCCCACCGUGGCCACCCAGAACAGCGAGAAAGCCGAGUUCCCCUACAGCACCCCUGUCCAGGUCAGCACCUCUUACUACCCUGCACCAGGACCUCUGGGGCCCUCAGAAGCCAUCAUCACCCUUCCCCACCUGCAGCACCACGUGCCAGCUUACCUGUGUGUGGCUCUCCACUCCUAUGUGCCUCAUGGACCAGAUGAGCUGGAGCUGCAGAAGGGAGAAGGGGUCCGUGUCUUUGGGAAGGACCAUGAUGGCUGGUUAAGAGGAAUGUCUCUCGUCACGGGCAGAGUCGGCGUCUUCCCCAGCAACUAUGUGGCUCCCCUCUUCAGGAAAUCUAGUCUCACCGACUCAAAAAUGCCUUCUCUGUACACUUCAUGGACACUGUCGACCUCCUCGCUCUCCUCCCAAGGGAGCAUCUCCGAAAAUGGCCCGAGGCAAAGCAGAGCCCUGAAGCCGGUGCUGCUGCCCAUCCCUAUCCCCUCUCCGGGGAGGAGCACGGUGGGACCGGCACCGCUGCGGCGUGGCCGCGGCAGCGCCAGGAAGAAUGGAUCCCUGCAGAGGCCGGGGCAAGCAGGGACCCCCGUGCAGAUCACGGGCUCCCUCAGGCGUCCUUCCGCGGCUGCGGGGCGACCUCAGCAGUUCCAGAUUUACCCACACAUCGGCUCCCCGUCACACAGCGUCCCUCCUGGAGCCGGCAUGGAUGAAGCAACGAGGCCAAACUUCUCCCACGAGGCUUCACCGGCGCUUGUGGUCAGGGGAGGGGAGAGUCGAACCCCCUCCGUGUGCAGCUCAGUGAUCCUGGAUGUCAAAGACCCUCCAGUGAAGAGUGAGGCAGCUCCAAAGCCGCCUGCGUCAGCCCCGCCGUCCAUCCUGGUGAAACCAGAGACCUGCCGCAACAGCGCCGAGAAGCAAGUGAAGACGGUGCGGUUCCAGAACCACAGCCCUCCGCCGCCCAAGCGGCACAGCCUGCAGCCCUCGCCGCGCCUGCAGCGCGCCAGGACGGAGCCCGAGGUGCUGCUGCCCGAAGCCGGCCUGGGCCCCGAGCUGCUGGUGCUCUACUCGCCCCGGCUCGGCUCCAGCCCCCUGCACCCCCGCCGGGCACUGCACCCCAAGGCGCUGUCGCUGGACCUGUCGGGGCAGCUGACCUUCCCCGUCAAGAAGAGCUACAGCAGCAUCUCUGCAAACUGACCGGGUAACCCCCGCCUGCCUCCUCCCCGCACCUGCUCCUCUCCCUCCCGCGCAGGACCCCGGACCCCGCACAGCCUCCACUGCUCCCCGUCUGCGCGAGGGGACGGUGCUCCCGUGUCCCCGCACCACCGGCACCCUCGGGACCUGAGAGCCUGAGGCCUCCAGAGCUGUGGGAGCCCCCGAGGGAGCCCCCCUGCCCCAGGGAUGCCCAAGAGCCGGGAGAUGGGGCUCGAGGACUGACGUUCCCCGGUGUCGCUGCCUGUACGGCACCGCAGGAUCGGCGGGAGGGGAGGGAAGCCUGUGCGGGUAUCAGAGAGAGUUACACUUGUUUUGAUCUUCUCAGGGCUGCAGGAAGCCCACAGAAAUCUAACAGCGGGUCAUUACCUGCCUGUCUCAGGAUAAAGAAACCAUAAAUCAGAGUCAAUCAGCUCCUGGCUGACGAUUUACGCUGCCUUUGGGGGGGGGGGGGGGGGGUGUCACUUAGAUUUUUUGUUAGGGUAGUUGCUUGCUUGCCUUUCUCUUUGGUUUUAGCCCAGGAAUUUUAACUCAGAACAGUCUAAAAGGUGAUUUGGAGAGGAAAAAGACAAUGGGAAGGGCUGUGCCAUCACUGCAGUCACCCAAGCUCUGCAGUCAGGGCACUGAAUCUUGCUUCUCCUCAUUGCUUGGUUUCCCUCUGAUCACCUCUGUCAGCUACCUCCUCCCCAUGAGCUCCCUCCAACCCCUUCCCACUGCCCACUCACUGAGAUGUGGCUGUUGUAAAUAUCUUAAGUGGGAUUCAUGGGUUUCACUCUACAUUCAGGUGCAUGAAACAUCAUCUAUGUAACAGAAAGCAGAAUUCAGCAGAAUUCCCUGUGCCCCAGAUCACCCUCUGCCAUGGCAGCACCAGCUCCAGUUUCCAAGCAUCUUCCUGUGAAUCCCAGGAAAGCCAGCAGAAUCAGAGAGUGGUGCUGGCUCACAGCUGUGCCUGCUCUUCAGAAAACCUCUGCACAACAGAUUUUGGGUUUCGUACUUUGUUUCCAUUGCUGGUUUAUCCACCAGCAGUUCCCACCCCAGCUGCAGGCACCACCCACCACCUCUCCUGACAGUGGGAGCUGUGCUCCCUCCAAAACUGCCAUGAAAUCCCAUCCUCAGUUACCUGCAUACAGACCCAGGGAAGGAACUCCACUGGUCAAUGGAAACUCUCUGAGGCCCUGGCAUGGACCUCAGAGAAGGACAAUUUCUCCUGGAACUAAGCGAAGGGAACGGAUAAAAUCAGUCACUGGGCCACAGCCCCUGGUCCUUCACUCUUCCAGACUUUCUCUGUGGAACAGGAAGCUGGGCCUGCCUGUGGGGAUUUUCAGGGGCACAACAACCACCACGGCACAGAUAAGUUCUCACCUUGUGCUCUCUGUCAGUAUUUCAGCUCCUGCAGAAACACCCUGACAAGAUGAAAACAUGUCGUGCGCCCAGGUAUAAAAGGUGGCACCAGCCACAAACAGGAAGGUGAGCACAACUCAGCAAUGCCACCUCAGGGGAGACAAGCUGGUCCUCUGCCGAAGACUACUCUAAUCCCUUUAAAGCUGAACCAGAAAGCAGCUGGCUCUAUCACCGAGACACGUCCACGUAUCCCAGGCAUACUCAGAAAUAAACAGAAUUCCACUCGAUAUUGGUGCUUUGGUAAAAGAGCAGGCAGCUAUUUUGGGAUGGAUGCCUGUGUUUCACACGCAGGAUAUUUCAGAGCUGUGAUGCUAUGGUGAUAAGUGCCCUAAAUAUGUUCAAUAUAUGUAGGGAGACAGAACUAAAAACAAGACGUACUUUAAAGCUAAAGGUCCUAAUAAGCCUCUUGUCCCCACAGACAGCCCUGCCCACGGGUUUCAUGCCACAGCCCACUGAGCAGAACUGCCAAGUUCUCCUCACCUCCUCCCCAGCAGCACCUCCUCCUCACCUCCUCCCCAGGAGGGAGCUCCUGGACUGUGUCACUUCACCAAGGAACAUUCCAAGAAAGAGGGACAAGAACUCAGACCUCUUUCUUCCAAAAGCCCAGGCUAAAGCAGAGCCUGCUGAGCUAAUCCAGAGCUAAACUGUCAUGAUCCCCAAGUGAGGCAGUGCCCAACAACUGGUCCUAAUCCAUGUGGAGAAACCAGUCACACUGGGAAAGGCAUCAACUGUCAAGGAGCAAUUCCCCAAGUGCUCUGGGCCAAAACCAUCUGUUCUGAAAGAAUCACCCCAUCCCCCUUAACUCUGCAACCAGAAUCACCACGCUGGGUUCCCGGCAUAUCAGCAAACUUCACAUUUUUUGUUUCAGCUCUGGACUGCAACCUGAAGUACACUGCAUCUUCCCUGAGGAUCUGCUCCAAACUCUGGGCCUUCAGGCUGCUGUCAUCCAAAUUUUUUUUAAUAGUGUAGCAAAGGAAAGGGAGGCAUCACAUGCUGGCAGGAGGGUGGCAGCUUCUCAUGGAGGUGGGCAAGCUCUUCAAGGGUUUCUGUUCUUUAUAUAUAUAUAUUUAACUUCCCUUCUGCCUUCCCACCCUCCAGACUCUCUUCAGCCUGUUUCCUCAGUGAAGAGAGGUCAGACAUCAGCAUUGGGACCCUGUUUUGUCCUUCCCAUAUUGGCAGGAGGGCCCUCUUUCCCCCCUGGAUGUCAUUCCUCUGUGCUCCCAGUGGUACAGAGGGACCAGUCCCAUCCCCAGCCCUGCAGACCCUCCAGGCCUGCAGCCUCCUGUGCUGCCACAGACCAUCACAGGGAGCACAGAGCACCAAGGAAACAGCAUAAGAAAGGCAAGAUGUAUUUCUAUAAUGAAAAUACACCAUUCUCUGCCAACCCAGACAGCCUGAGCCGGGCUCCAAACACCCCAAGCACCGUGUCCAUCAGCACAGCUCAGGAAUGGAGCUCUGGGAAAAGCAUAAAGCAGCACACAGGGACAGAGGGACCAUUAAUGAACCUCUCCAACUUCUUCAAUUGGGUUUAUUUUCUAUCUGCUCAUUCCUUAUGAUUAGUUAAUGAAUUAGAGCCCAAAUCAGAUAAUUCAUCAGCUGCUUUAAUUGCCUGCCCAGCCUGGCAGAACCCUGGGAGUGCUUUAGCACACAACCUGCCCCCGAGCCUGGGCUGCAGUCCUGCUUCCUGAUAAAUCAUGAGCAGAGGCAGCAGAAGUAAGAAAACAAAGCAUUCACUAAUUCUCCCCACACCUUCCACGUGGAGAGGGCCUCCCUGCUCUGGGCACAAACACCUUGUCUCAGACACGGGAGGAUGCAGAGGAGCCCCCUUUCCAGUCCAUCCUGGGGCUGGAGUGUUGGGCCCAGAGGGGACUCACCCUCCACCUGCCACAGGAAAGGUGCCACAAGGAUGAUGUUAGUCUCAGGAGGGAAUUCUGCAAGGAAUUCUGCAGAACUGGACUGGCUGCAGCAUCGCUGCACACCACUCUCCUGUUCACUCCCUGCCCAGCAGUUAUUGCAGUUCAUUUGUGCAACGAUGUGUUUGAAGUGCAAUCACAGCUCAAGACUUCAGGUUUUCAGGUUUCUUGUCAUAAGCCUCAGUACCUGCCCCUUUUACAAAGUAACAUUUCCAAAUAUUCGUGAAAUCAGUGUUUAGAACCCCAAACUGUCCAUGAAGUGAUGGGGACUUACCACUGAGGUCCAUGGGAGCUCCACAGGCUGAUCCCUUCAUACCUGUUCCCAGUGGGAAGCAAUGAUGGAUCAGAGACCGCAGUGUCAGGCUGGUGAGGACUGCAGGGGUAACAAAAGGAGAAAAAGAUCUAUUUAUACCGAAGUUCCAACCAAAAUAUGUUUUAAAGGCAGAAGGGGUCAACAAAAGGAGCUUCCCUGAUCCCCUGUGUGACCAAGCAGGGAAUUUCACUGAGUUCUUUCUGCACUGAGCCCAGGGAAUGCUCCAAUGAAAUGUUACAACCAGGUGACUAUCAGUGAGAAAACAGAAAUUACUAUUUUUACAUGUAUAACUUAGAAAUAGUAGGAUAUAUAACCUUUGCUUAGUUGGUGAUGGGUAGAAGGAAUAAAUACAUUUAGUUUAUUGUUCAGAAACACUUGUAUAAAUUCAGGGAUGCUGAAUACUUUUUCCAUGAAGUUCAUUUUUUAAAAAGAUUUUUUUCAACUUAAGGUACUAUUUGGGAGAAAAGUCAAUAAACAAGAAAAUAUUAGUUUCCUGUUUUGUAUUAAUCCUCAAGCUAUUUAUUUUGUAUUUCUGUAACGAAAAGCAAAGGUUUAAAGAUAUUUUAAGUUUUGAGAAGUUUAUUCAUCUAAGUUUAUAGCACUAAUGUUUACCUCUGUAGCCUGUAGGUAAUUAAAUUAAUUGGGGCCAACUGGGUUAUGGCCCCUCAUGCACUGGAAGCCGUGGCAGCUGCAGUGAGUGGCAGCAUGAGGGCACUGCCAGCACAGUUGGGCCAC